AUGGAUGUUAAGUUCUUGUUUCUAAUGGCAAUAUUACCUUCAGCAGCUCCACUAUCCUUCAACUUCACCGGCUUUAACUCCAGCAAUGUUGAUAUAACCUACAAAGGCGACGCUGCUCCAAUGGAGUCAGUGAUCCAACUCACCAAACUCGACACUUGGAGGAGCGGCCGUGCUAUAUAUACUCGGCCAGUGCAUCUUUGGGACAAAUCAUUGGGAACCCUCGCGGAUUUCACCACCCAUUUCUCCUUCUCCAUCAAAAAACAAAGCAACGUUACCCCGGCCGAAGGGUUUGCCUUUUUCAUUGCUUCACUUCAGUACCAUGUCGGCAUUGAUGUCAACUCGUUGGUUUCGAGGUUCUGGUUUAAUACCACCAUCAGACAGAGUUUGCAGUAUGAAGUUGAUUUGAAGGACUACUUGUCGGAAUGGACAACUUUCGGCUUCGCAUCGGCGACGGGGAUGUACCACUAG